GUUGAUUAGAACAAAAACAAAAACGGUGGCAGAGAGUGAAAGAGAGUUACAGAGGAUAUAAAAGUAGUAGAAAGAAGGAUCUGAGGUGAGGCCACGUGACAAGAUGGAAAUGGAACCGAACCUUAGUUACCUCACCUCAGCACCUCACACAUUCUUCGCCGACUCUCUCAAAAGCUCUACCACCACGCCACAACCUGCGCCAGCUUGCGUGCCACACGCAACCAAGCAAAGCACAACCACACUUGAACCUCAUAAGCGGAGCCACCCCUCCCUGCCCCCAAGGAAUAACUCUUCCGACAGCAACCCUGUUCGUUUAUAACCAUCAACCACUUUAAACCCUGGGUAGCUAGCUUUUUUUUUUCAUUAUUGUGUCGGCAAUCGGUUGAGGAAAAAAAAAAACACAGAGGAGGGUGCAAAAAGCAGGGUGGUGGAUGAUGGAAGGGGUUUCGAGGGAGGCUCAGAUGUCGAUUGCUGCUUCGUCCAUGUUUCCUGGAUUCAGAUUCUGCCCUACCGAUGAGGAGUUGAUUUCUUAUUACCUGAGGAAGAAGUUGGAGGGUCAUGAGGAGAGUGUUCAAGUCAUUUCUGAGGUUGAGCUUUGUAAAUACGAGCCUUGGGAUUUACCAGCCAAAUCAUUCAUUCAGUCAGACAACGAAUGGUUCUUCUUCUCUCCCCGCGGAAGAAAGUACCCAAAUGGUUCACAAAGUAAAAGAGCAACUGAAUGUGGAUACUGGAAGGCAACUGGCAAAGAGCGAAAUGUAAAGUCAGGUUCCAACAUUAUAGGAACGAAGCGGACUUUGGUGUUCCACUUAGGGCGUGCACCUAAAGGGGAAAGGACUGAAUGGAUUAUGCACGAGUACUGCAUUAAUGACAAAUCUCAGGAAUCUUUGGUCAUUUGUCGCCUCAAGAGGAACACAGAGUUCCGUUUGAGCGAUGCUUCGAAUAGAGCUUCAUCAAGUCAAAGGCAUCCGGUGAAUUCACAUGAAAGUGGUUGUGCUAUCUCAGGAGGUGGUAUUGAUCAAAGGGAUGCUUGUGAGCAAGACAAAGAGGUUGGAUGUAGCUCCAAGAGGGACAGUAGCAGUUAUGGUUCUCCUUCAAUGGAGCAAAUUGAUUCUGUGUCCGAAUCGAAUCAGCGACCAGUUAACGAAGCUACUUUCACUGAAUCUUCAGGUCAACCAAAGGAGGGGUAUGAAGAGGAUUGUUAUGCAGAGAUACUAAAGGAUGAUAUCAUCAAAUUAGAUGAAUCAUCAAUCUUGGUAGAGAGUCACACAAGACCACAGGAUCCUACACAGAUGCAACCUGCACCACAAGGCACAGCACAACGGAGAAUAAGAUUAAGGGUUGGGAAUUCAAAGCAUUCUCGUGCAGUAGUUCGUUUCCCAAGCACAAUGCACUCAUCAAAGAAUACCUUCUUCGCCAGAACAACCAACAGUUUGGUGGUAUUAGCUUUCUUCGUUUUCACUUUGAUGGUUCUAUAUUUUUUGUCCUUAGUGAGAGGACAAAAACAAGACAAGUAUUGUGGGGAAUUUUCGGGUGUAAAUCAUGAUUACCAGAAGUUUCUUAAACUUGAUGAUGACGGAAUGCUGGGUCUUCAACUCUUGAUUGAUUCCAAUCUUACAUUACCUGGUGGUGGUGGGGGCUCAAUCUUAUUAGGAAUCAUGUCGAGGCCCAUGUUGCUUGUUUUUUUGCUGAUUAUACUUAUAAUCACCUCACAGUUCGAGUGGAAGCAGCAGCUUGUGGCCGAUGUUGACUCUAACCCCAACUUGCCUCAGAAGCAGCAUCAGAUUUCUAAGGCUGAAGAAACCGUUAAGGAGAAGAUUAUUUUAGUGCAAGAGAAGAAUAUUCGAAGGCUGAAUGAGCUAGUGCGGCAUCUCCAGGAACAACUGCAGCAGUGUAGAGGACGCAAUGGAACAAUAAAUGGAACUGUAAGCCCUCUAGCUGAGCGGAUUCUUGAGCUUGAGCGACAGCAAAUUUUAGAGGAUUAAGCAAAUGCGGCAAGUACGGUAAUGAAGUUCAUUGUUAUGCUCAAGCUGUGAAGUUGUUCCUUAAUUCGGUUGGAGGGAAUGUUGUAGAAGAUUUGCUCCCUGUCUGAUCAAUUACGAUUUUUAACUCUAUCUCAUUGAAAAGUGCAGUGUUCUAUUGUUAAAAAAGUUGUUGAAUGGUAUAGAAGCAUUAUAUCUUAUACCGGUUAGAUCGUUUCUGUAGUUUAACGUUUUCAUAUUUCUCUCUUGAUUUCUAAUGCUACCGUCCUUUUGGCACAUAUAAAUAAGGAGAUCUUUUGAGUAAA